UCAACCUUUUCUAACUACACUACAGUUUGCUUUCAGACCGAUCAUUCGGUAGUCGUAGAAUUCUGCUAGUGAAUAAAUAUCAUGUUAGCAUUGCUCUGCUAGAAUAUUUAUGAUUCAUAACAAGAAUAUCUAUACUCUGCAAGAUGUAGGCGUUUUUGUUUUAUUAAGACAUUCAUUGUUAAGCUCUUUGGAGUUUUUUCUUGAAAAUAUUUUUAUCGGUUUUGGAUUAACUGUGAGAGGACUCUAAUCGAUGGUUUUGAAAGGACGUUGCAUAUCAGUUCUUUAGUUAAAUGGCGGUAGGAUCUGCACGUGAUUUCGGACUCUAAUAUGGGUGGUGAGAAGCGGGUAAAACCCAAGGUGAAGAUCACUAUAGAAGACACAGAUGCUGGUACUAAAACGACAGAAGAGGAUACUGCUGCUUGCAAGGUUCCCCUAAAGCAAGGUAUCAAAUCUAAAGACGUCGUCGUUCAGAUAUUAGACAAACCACCAUGGAAGCUGAAAGCCUUUGCAAUCACCUGCUCGUUUUGUUCUGUGAUACUCCUUGCCUCUGUGAUCAUACUGGCUGUGCAUGCCGUCGCCAUACAUUAUUGUUUCCUAGGCAACCUUAUCAUUCCGGUGAACACUGAAAAUCCUGGUGUCUUUCAGGAUAUGACUUCAGAGGAAUACAAAGCCGUUCUGAAUUAUAUGCUCUAUAAGUCAAAGAUUGGUUUAACUCCAUUUGGGAAAGCCACAGUUAACAGUAGUUAUAUUUAUAUGAUUGACCUUCACAUUCCAUUAAAAUCAGCUGUGUUGCAGUAUUUAGACAGAGGAAGUAUUAGGCUGAAAAGAGCAGCAAAGGUUGUUGUCAUUAGAGGAAAUCUUGCAACGCCGAAAGUAGAGGAGUACCUAGUAUCACCCAUUCCAAAUCCAAGAACUCACAAACUUGCAAGGAAUCCAUCCUAUGCAAGAUUCCCUAUACCGUACACCAGCCGGCCUGUGGACAAAGUAGAUAAUAAACAAUUAUAUUCGAUGAUAAAAGAUUUCUCAGAAAAGGUUUAUCACAUUCUAAUUGAAAGUUAUAAUCUUUGCUAUCAUAAUUGUACAAAGGGCGUGAAUUGUAUUAUAUUUCAUGACGUUGCCCCACGUGGUCAAAAGAGUGGCGAUAGAAACACGUGGUUUUGGUCAUUCCGUGACGUCGAGGGCUACUAUCUGCAUCCAUUAGGACUAGAGUUGCAAAUAAAUCACACCUCUAAUAAUAUUAAAAAGUGGAAAAUUGACAAAAUUGUUUAUAACAAUCAACUCGUGUAUACCGUGAAUGAUUUAAUUGAACGGUAUGAAACAGGAAGUUUAAGGAAGAUUAAGAACGACAGACCUAUAGGGCAUCAUCAUGAGUUAUAUUCAUCUUACUACAGGCGUGGGCAGUCAGACAUGCACACACCUUUACAAGGACCUAGAUUCACUGAGCCCGAUGGCCACAGGUAUGGAAUCACAGGUCAACACGUAAAGUACAUGCACUGGGAUUUUGAUGUUCGGAUGCGUCCGUCGACAGGUUUACAGAUAUUUGACGUUAGAUUUCAGAGUGAACGUAUUGCGUAUGAAAUCAGUCUGCAAGACGCGGUUAUUUUUCACACUGGGUACGGACCAGCUCAGACUAUAUCCAAUCUCUAUCUUACUUCUUGGAUGAUCGGAGCUUCAUCGUUUGAGCUUGUGAGAGGAAUCGAUUGUCCAGACACGGCAUCUUUUCUGGAUACCGUCAAUCUCGUAAACUCUGGAGAGCCAUUACAUUAUAGAAAUUCUAUAUGUAUAUUUGAGGUUAACCCAGGUGUUCCGCUUCGGAGGCAUUAUACAAACAAUUACGCGGGUGGUUAUAAAUAUUACGGAGGAAUAAUCGAUUACCAUUUGAUAGUACGGCAUAUAGCUACCAUAUGGAAUGGGGAUUAUAUAUUCGAUUACAUCUUCCAUCUCAACGGUGAGAUAGAAAUCCGCGUUUCUACAACAGGGUAUGUUCAAGCCACGUACAAACUUCCGUUCGAACAACCGUAUGGGAAUCCUAUAUAUUUCGACGUAAAUGCUAAUGUACAUCAACAAUUAUUUCAUUUUAAAAUAGAUUUGGACAUAGGUAGAUUAGAAAAUAGGUAUUCUGUUUUAGACGUUGGCUUGGAGACUAUACGUCAUCCGUGGUAUUCUAAAUCAAAUAAAACACAGUUUGUACUAAGCGAAAGAAAGAUGGAAAGGGAGAUGGAUUUAGUUAUUGAUGACACCGACAAUCCAAGAUAUCAUAUAAUUUAUGAUAAAUAUCUUCAUAACAGAUACAAAACCAAACGAGCUUACCGUAUUUUAAACAAGAGUAGUUCUAAAUAUUUACUAGAUGAGAUACCUGUUACAAACGCGGCUAAGUGGGCGAAAUAUCCGCUUGUUAUAACAAAGUAUGACGAUACGGAAGAUCUGUCCAGCUCUAUUUAUGCUCAGAAUGACCCCUGGAAUCCGGUUGUUGAUUUUGAGAGAUUUGUUAUCGAUAACGACACGAUUGUUAAUGAAGAUCUCGUUGCCUGGGCAACACUUGGCAUGUAUCAUAUACCACAUACAGAGGAUGUUCCAUCCACUUCAACAUCAUGGAAUAAACUCUCUUUGCAUCUAAUUCCUUUUAACUUCUUCACGGAAUGUCCCAGCGUGUCGUCGCCAAGUGCGGUGCACAUUACACCCGGUAAGAACUAUGAAAGUAGCAGCGUAAACACGUUUGGUACGAAUUACGAAUCGACUUGUGUACCACCAACAUACGGACCAAGUACAUUUUACGGGUAUCGGGAUGCCGAAUAAUUUAAUACAUCUUCAAUGAUCAAAUAUGGUACUCAUAGCAAAUAUAUAGCUCAAAUAUGGUAUUCAUAGCAAAAUAUAAUGAUAAGACUAAUACUAACUACAUAACUAAAUAUAGGAUUUUAAUUUCAACGUAUUCGGUUUAAUAAUUUAAGACUUGAGAUCUUUUUAGUAUAUUUAAUGUUUAAAUAAGUUUGUUAUUCGUUAAAUUACCUUUCAUGGUAUGAGGAAAGAACGAUGACGUCAUUGUUUUUGAAAUGUCGCUGUUUCUUCAGAAACUAAAUCAUGAAAUAACUGUAUCAUCAACAACUUGUGUCCGAUUUUCAUAACAGUUUUCACUUCUGUUUAUGUUCUGAGUAUAGAUACUUUGAAACUGAUCAACACAGUGCCUAGACCGAUGAAUGCCAAGUUCGUAGCAAUUUACGUAGUUUUCUGUGAUAUAUCACCCUGUCUCAUGCAAACAUAAGUGAUGUCAUUAUAUCAUAUCUCAUUUACAUCUUUGAUAUCUCAGUGUAUUUGUAUGUAAGCUAUUCAUACUGUUUUGCGUUAUUUUAUAAAUCAUUUAUAAGUGUAAAGAG